UCUUAUAACAAUCCACAAAAUAAAAUGAUGAGAAUGAGAGAGACAACAAUUAACUUUUUAGCUCUGGCUUUGUUCCUCCUAAAGGUCUCAGCCGAGCUAUCUCUUCCCCUUUAUUUGCCGACUAAUGAAACCUUUGGCCUUGAAUUAGGAAAUACGUCCGCCCAGUGCGGAAAGCAAGGUGGUGGUGGAAAAUGUCGUACUGGAGAGUGUUGUAGUUUACAGGGUCGGUGUGGAACCACACCAGACUUCUGUGAUCCUAAUAACUGUCAAAGCCAAUGUUCAGGUCCGUUCCCGCAGGGACGAUGCGGAUGGCAAGCUGAUGGUGGAGCAUGUCCUACUGGACAGUGUUGUAGUAUAUGGGGUUGGUGUGGAACCGGUUCAGCAAAUUGCGAUCCUGAAACUUGUCAAAGCCAAUGUAAAAAACCAUCCCCACACGAGCGAUGCGGAAAGCAAGGUGCUGGUAGGAAAUGUCCUGAUGGAGAAUGUUGUAGUAUAUGGGGUUGGUGUGGAACCGGUUCAGCAAAUUGCGAUCCUGAAACUUGUCAAAGCCAAUGUAUCCCACACGGGCGAUGCGGAAAGCAAGCUGCUGGUAGAAAAUGUCCUACUGGAGAGUGUUGUAGUAUAUGGGGUUGGUGCGGAACCACACCAGCCAAUUGCGAUCCUGAAACUUGUCAAAGCCAAUGUGAAACACCAAUUCCGCAGGGACGAUGCGGAAAGCAAGCUGCUGGUAGAAAAUGUCCAACUGGAGUGUGUUGUAGUAUAUCUGGUUGGUGUGGAACCACACCAGAAUACUGUGAUCCUGUUCACCACUGUCAAAGCCAAUGUUCAGGGCCGUUCCCACCGGGACAAUGCGGAUGGCAAGCUGAUGGUACAAAAUGUCCUAUUGGAAAGUGUUGUGGUAAUAUAGGUUUGUGUGGAAACGGUUUUGACUUCUGUGCUGGUCAAAAUUGUCAAAGCCAAUGCAAUUAUCUAAUCUCGCCCACCAAGAAUCCUAUGAGAGGUAUUGGAAGCUUCUUGCUCAACAUUGUCUAGAUGCUAGCUCAUGUAGUCCCAGUUACUAGCUAGCUAGAGGACGUACUUUUACUCCUCUUUUGGGACCAGCGAAGUUAUCUAAUAUUUAUGCGUGUAAUAAUAAUGCAUAUGAAAUGCAUUAUUUAAUAUAAUAAAUAAAGAACUUUUUUACUGUCUAAUUAAAA